AUGGAGAAGCGCAAUCAGCGAAAACGCCCGCAGACUCCCCAUCUGAGCUGCGAGCUCUGCCGCGAGCGCAAGAUCAAGUGCGACAAGGUCGAUCCCUGCACCAACUGCGUCUCCGCAGGCGUGGUCUGCGUCCCUGUCCACCGGCCACGCCUGCCACGGGGUGUGCAUGCGCGACGUGCUCGCCGAAUGUCACCUGCGCCUGCGCCUGCGCCUGCGCCCACGCCCGCUGCGGGACCGGUCUCUCCGAAGGAACCGCAGAUGUAUGCGUCUUCCAGUGCCGUGGCGGCAGUCGACGAGGAUCUCAGGAAACGCAUCCACCGGCUUGAGGCGCUGGUGAACAGUAUGCGUUCGGCCACGACGAGCCCGUGUCUGGCAUCUCUUAGCCAGUCGGGUAUCAACAACUCUCAUCCGGCGCCAACAGGCUCACUGUCAUGCAGCCCAUCCGCUCCUGGUGUCCAGAAGCAGGCACCCUUGACCCCAGGCUCUGAUUGUUUCUGGACUAAUUUGACUGGAGAGGGGGUGGAUCAGAUACAGGAACUCGACUGGAAGAUAGGAUCGACUUCGGAGCACACAAAAGCGGAUAGCCACAGCCCGCCGACACCAAACGCCUCGAAAAUGGACGGCGGCGGGCUUCGAGUCCUCGGCCUGAGUGGGAAUAACCCGGCCCUCGCCUGGACUCCUCUACUUGAAGACAAAGAAAUGACACGGCAGUUAUGUCAGGUCUACCUCCAACAAGUCGACCCCAUCAUCAAGAUCCUGCACCGACCAUCUGUCGAGAAGUGGAUAAUGCAGGGGGAGCGGUACCUGGGUUUUCCAGAGAGGCACGUUGCCGUCGAUGCGUUGGGGUCUGCCAUCUGCUACGCAGCUGCCGCGAGCUUAACCGACGAUCAAUGUCCGGCCCACUUCCAAAGCAGCAAAUCCAGCGGCAUCGUGGCGGAUUGUCGAAGAGCGUGUGAGGCCGCGCUGGAGCGAAGCGGGUUGCUGGCCUCUCCCAGCAUCACUGUCCUGCAAGCAUUUGUGCUGUACCUCAUUGCCAGAAGAUCCGAAGACCGCAGUCAGGCUGCAUGGACGCUGACAGCGGUGGCCGUGAGACUUGCAAAGGCACUCGGUCUCCAUAUGGAACCAGAUGAGACAUUCUUCAGCCAACAGAUGCGCAGGCGACUCUGGCUCACCAUCUCCCUCAUGGACCUGCAGGCCUCCUUCAGCCAGGCCUCCGAACCGCUCAUCAACACUGAGGAGGCCAUAUCCACAUUCGUUCUGCCCCGGCACAUCAACGACUCUGAUUUCGAUCCAACCACAGCCCAUGACAUCCCAGACAGGGAGGGAUUGUGCGACACCACCUUCGCGCUGGUCACAUAUCACAUCCAGCUGGCAGGGCGGGCCCUGAAUUUCAGCGCCGCGGCAUCAGCCCAAGGCAAGGCGUCUCAACAGCAACACGCGCAGCACUUCGAGCGGAACGCGCUCCGCCUCUUGCACUUUUGCGACCCCGAGUCCUCGCCGUAUGCGUGGUUCACUUGGCACGGCACGCAAUGCCUCGUCUCCGGAGCUCGGCUGUCCGCUCUACGGCCGCUCCAGCGCCUGCAGCCCUGUAGCGGCAGCAGCCAGCCGUCGCCCUCUCCGCCUCCCUGCCUGCAGGAACACAACGCAGAGCUGCUCCGCCUGGCCGUGAACGUCCUAGAGAAGGCGCACCUGAUGCACACAGAUCUCCGCGGCGAGGGGUUCCGCUGGUACGUGACGAUCCCGUGGCACGCGCUGGCAGUCGCCAUCACCGAGUGCUCCCUCUGUCCGGAUGUGACCCAAACGCGGUGCGCGUGGCCAACCAUCGAGGCAUGCUAUCAGCUCCUGCGUCGUGAAGGCAUGGCGGGCCAGGAGGAGGCGAUCCAGCGUCCGCUGGAGAAGCUGAUCCGCCGGGCCCGGGAGACCGCGAGCCCGCUUUUGCAGCUCGCAAGCCCGAGUCCAACAUUCGGCUUCAGCAGCAGUGCUGUGACAUCUGCUGCGCCCACGCCGCAAUCUCGGUCGAGCACUGCCCCGAGUGACAGUCUCAGCGAUCUGUCCUGGCCGACGGCUUUCUCCCAUUCCCAUUCUCAAUCUCAUCUCGGCUUGGAUUUGGCUCCGGCGUGUCCCGUGCAGCCAUUGACCAAGCUGGAUCUGGAUCCGAUGUUGUUGCCGUUCGAUAUGGAGGGCCAGCCGCUGCUUGCUGGCCAGAUGCCCCGGGUGGAUGUCGAGCCGUCGUUGCGGACGUGGGAGCAGCUGAUGUCGGAGAUUGACCAGGCCGAGUCAGCUGGGUCGAAUAUAGUACUGUAUACUCUGCCGACGCAUGCAAUGGCCCUCCGCAUGCCAUUCAACCAGGCCUUCUGGGAGGAGUACCUCUCCGGCCAGGAUGCCACCCUCCCUUCCCUCCCCGAUACCUCGACCCUCAGCAGCCGAGUAAUCCGCAUUCUCGGCGGGAAUCCAGGCGCCAUGCACCUGCAAGGGACCAACACGUAUCUAGUCGGGACGGGACAGUCCCGCAUCCUGAUCGAUACCGGACAGGGCCUCCCCAUCUGGCUCACCCGCGUCACCGAGCUGCUGCACUCGCACGACCUCUCCAUCUCGCACAUCCUCCUCACCCACUGGCACGGCGACCACACAGGCGGCGUCCCCGGUUUGGUCUCGUACAAUCCCGCCCUCGCCGAACACGUCUACAAGAACCUCCCCGACGCGGACCAAAAGCCCAUAGCGGAUGGGCAGAUCUUCGCCGUGCAGGGAGCUACCGUCCGCGCGAUCUUCACGCCCGGCCACUCGGUCGACCACAUGUGCUUCCUGCUUGAGGAGGAGAAUGCCCUGUUCACCGGGGAUAAUGUGCUGGGGCAUGGGUACAGCGUCGCGCCGGAUCUGGGGCGGUAUAUGGAGAGUCUGGAGCGCAUGGCAGGCUUGGGUUGUGGGCUUGGAUACCCUGCGCAUGGGGCCGUGAUUGAUGACCUCCCUGGCAAGCUGGAGGAGUAUAUUCGGCACAAGGAGACGCGUGUGAGAGGGGCUUUGUCG